GAUAUUAGCUUCGCUAGCUUCUCUCUCUCUCAUUGGCUUGUCGUCUUCCUUAUCUGCCUAUCCUGAUAUCCUUUCUUUUUUCAUCCAUGGAGGCCGAAGAUUCCAUUAAGUUGCAGGCUCUCCAUGGCUCCUUCUGGUUGGCCAUCUUAUCUUUUAUCAUAAUCUCCUUUCUCUGCUCGCUCUUACUCUAUUCAGUGAGAUCAAAGCUAAUUUGGUGCAACUGUGAAACGUGUCAAAAUUACAUCAACUCGACCUGGUCAAUCCAAUUCACAAAUCUCAGUGAUUGGUAUACUCAUCUUCUCCGAAUCUCGCCGUCUAAAACCAUCCACGUCCAUGUUCUCGGCAACACGAUCACGGCGAACCCGGAAAACGUGGAGUACAUACUCAAAACAAGAUUCGAGAAUUACCCCAAAGGAAAACCCUUCUCUGCAAUCUUGGGAGAUUUUCUGGGCAGGGGCAUAUUCAACGUAGACGGCGAGUUGUGGAGGUUUCAGAGGAAAAUGGCGAGCCUAGAGCUUGGGAGGGUCUCCAUUCGAUCAUACGCCUUUGAGGUUGUGAAUUGUGAGAUCAAGAGUCGACUGAUCCCGCUUCUGUCGUCGGUGGCAGGCAAAGAAGACGCUGUUUUGGAUCUACAAGACGUGUUUAAGAGAUUUGCUUUUGAUAACAUUUGUAGAUUUUCUUUCGGGUUGGAUCCCAAGUGCUUAGAGUUGUCGCUGCCGAUGUCGGAUUUCGCUCUUUCGUUUGACCUAGCAUCGAGGUUGUCGGCGGAGCGAGCCAUGGCGGUUUCGCCGUGGAUUUGGAAGAUCAAAAGGAAGUUGAAUUUAGGCACGGAGAGGCAGCUAAGAGAAGCCAUCGAGAUAAUUGAUACUCUAGCCCAAGAAGUCAUAAGGCAGAAGCGAAAAUUGGGGUUUUCAGACCACAAAGAUCUUCUUUCCCGGUUCAUGGCAACGGCGACUGAUGAAAAGUUCUACAGAGAUAUCGUCAUAAGCUUCCUCUUAGCGGGUCGCGACACGGUCUCCUCGGCCCUGACUAGCCUCUUCUGGCUCCUAGCGAACCAUCCAGAAGCAGAACUGGCCAUCUUAGUCGAGUCAGAUCGAGUCCUCGGGGCCAACCAAGACCUCCAAAAGUUUGAGCAAAUGAAGGAGCUUCAUUACUUGCAUGCAACAGUCUGUGAGAGCAUGAGGCUGUAUCCACCGAUCCAAUUCGAUUCAAAAUUCUGCCUAGAAGACGACGUUUUGCCGGAUGGAACGUCCGUGAAGGGAGGAACGAGAGUUACCUAUCAUCCCUACGCCAUGGGGCGAAUGGAAGAGAUUUGGGGUCCAGACUGCUUAGAAUUCAAGCCAGAAAGGUGGUUAAGAGAUGGUGUCUUCUUUCAAGAGAACCCUUUUAGGUACCCAGUCUUUCAAGCCGGUGUUAGGGACUGUGUGGGCAAGGAAAUGUCACUGGCGUCGCUCAAAAGCGUCACCCUUUGGCUUUUGCGUCGUUUCCACAUCAAACCAGCUGCACCUGCCCGUGCACUCCAGUUUUCUCCUGGCCUCACCGCCACCGUCAGAGGUGGCCUGCCGGUCACGGUCCGGCCAAGGAUCACCCCUUCAUCAUAGUGCAUAUAUAAAUAUAUAUGUGGCAAGAAACCAUAAAUUUGCAAUUGCAAGGUUAAUUGCCGGAAAUUAGUGCUGAUCUACGAACUAUAUAUAUAUAUAUAUAUUUACAUAUAUGUAUAUGUACACUUAUAUAUUUUAUAUGCCGCCUUGACCAAAUUAAAUCCAACUUGGUUGGUCACUGGCCGGCUGGGAAGAUUUAUCCAAAUACAUAUCUUAUGAAUUAAUGUUGGGUAAGUAUAUAGCUGGUGCUUUUGAUUGGUUC